GGAGAGGACGAUGACAUGCCCACCCCCACACUGUUCACUGAGAUGGACACGCUGCAGCAGGACGGGGAUGAGCUGGAGUGGAAAGAGUCUGCUAGGUGGGUGAAGUUUGAAGAGAAGGUGGAGGAGGGAGGAGAGAGGUGGAGCAAGCCCCAUGUGUCCACCCUGUCCCUGCACAGUCUGUUUGAGCUGAGGACCUGUAUACAGACCGGCACUGUGCUGCUUGAUCUGGAGGGAUACUCACUGCCACAGAUAGUUGAUGAAAUCAUUGAACAGCAGGUAGACGAGGGCAUGCUAUCUCCUGACCUGAGAGAGAAGAUCAGCUUUGUCCUCCUGAGGAAGCACAGGCACCAGACCAAAAAGCCUAUCCACCGCUCUCUGGCUGACAUGGGCAAGGCCAGCGGUGCCCGUAGUCCAGGUGCAGCGGCCGCAUUCAACCGCUCCACAGAAGACCUCCGCAUGAAAUCACAGCCAGGAGGCUAUGGUCGUCUGCGUCAUGCCCAAAGUAGGAGCAUGAAUGACAUUUCAGACACCCCGAGCACAGACCAGCUAAGGAAUAAGUUCAUGAAAAAGAUCCCUAGAGAUGCUGAGGCAUCUAAUGUUCUGGUGGGUGAAGUGGACUUCCUGGAUAAGCCCUUUGUAGCCUUUGUCCGCCUGGCCCAGGCCACCACUCUGGGAGGACUGACAGAGGUUCCUGUGCCCACCAGAUUCCUGUUUAUUCUGUUGGGGCCAACAGGAAAAGCCAAGUCCUAUAAUCAGAUUGGUCGAGCCAUAGCUACCCUAAUGGUGGAUGACCUGUUCAGUGAUGUGGCGUACAAGGCUAGAGAUCGAGAGGAUCUGAUUGCAGGUAUAGAUGAGUUCCUGGAUGAGGUGAUCGUGCUGCCGCCCGGAGAGUGGGACCCCAAAAUACGUAUCGAGCCCCCUAAAAAAGUGACCUCGGCUGACAAGAGGAAGUCAGUGUUCUCUCUGAAUGAGCUGGGUCAGCCAAAUGGUGCGGCGGGAGGAGGUGGAGGCCUCGCUGAGGAUGAGGAGAUGCCAGUGGCUCACGAACUGGGAGAGGAGCUGGCACACACUGGGAGGUUCUGUGGAGGUCUGUUUCUUGACAUCAAGAGGAAAAUACCCUGGUUGCUUAGUGACUUCUAUGAAGGCUUUCACAUCCAGUCCAUCUCUGCUGUGCUGUUCAUCUACCUGGGCUGCAUCACCAACGCCAUCACCUUCGGAGGCCUGCUGGGAGACGCCACAGACAACUACCAGGGUGUGAUGGAGAGUUUCCUGGGCACAGCGUUGUCAGGAACAGUAUUCUGUCUGUUUAGUGGUCAGCCCCUCAUCAUCCUCAGUUCUACUGGACCUAUCCUCAUCUUUGAGAAACUGCUCUUCGAAUUCAGCAAGAACAAUGGUAUAGACUACAUGGAGCUGCGUCUGUGGAUCGGGAUCCACUCCUGUUUGCAGUGCUUCCUCCUGGUCGCCACGGACGCCAGCUACAUCAUCAAGUACAUGACCCGUUUCACAGAGGAGGGCUUCUCCAGCCUCAUCUCCUUCAUCUUCAUCUCUGACGCCAUCAAGAAGAUGAUGGGCUCCUUCAAAUACUACCCCAUCAACACCGACUUCAAGCCAGACUAUGUCACCGCCUACAAGUGCGAGUGCCUGGCCCCAGACCCCAGUGAGUCCUGUGUCCCCCUCCCUGCCCCCCUCCACCCUUCUCUCCCUCUCUCCUACCAGUUAAACAUCACAGGCCUGGACUGGAGCCAGCUCAGUAAGAAGGAGUGUGUGAAGUACGGAGGCUCUCUGGUGGGCAACACCUGUAAGUACGUCCCUGACCUGGCCCUCAUGUCCUUCAUUCUGUUCUUCGGGACCUACUCCAUGACCGUCUCCCUCAAGAAGUUCAAGUUCAGUCGCUACUUCCCCACCAAGCUGCGGAAGCUCAUCAGUGACUUCUCCAUCUUCAUGGCCAUUAUGACCUUUGUGGGUCUGGACAGGUUAAUUGGGCUCAAAACCCCCAAGCUCAUCGUUCCCACAGAAUUUAAGCCCACACGUCCCGACCGGGGUUGGAUAGUGCUGCCGUUUGGGAAGAACCCAUGGUGGGUGUAUUUGGCCAGCUUCGUCCCUGCUCUCCUGGUCACCAUCCUCAUCUUCAUGGACCAGCAGAUCAGUGCUGUCAUUGUCAACCGGAAGGAGAACAAGCUGAGGAAAGGGUGUGGCUACCACCUGGACCUGUUCUGGGUCGGGGUGUUGAUGGCUGCCUGCUCCUUCUUGGGCCUGCCCUGGUACGUGGCCGCCACUGUCAUCUCCAUCGCCCACAUUGAUUCACUAAAGAUGGAGAGUGAGUCCAGCGCCCCUGGGGAGCAGCCUCAGUUCCUGGGUGUCAGGGAGCAGAGACUGACAGGGAUUCUAGUGUUUGUUCUCACUGGAGUCUCCAUCUUCUUGGCUCCCAUUCUACAGUUCAUACCCAUGCCAGUGCUCUAUGGUGUGUUUCUCUAUAUGGGCGUGGCAUCUCUCAGUGGCAUUCAGUUCUGGGAGAGGAUCAAGUUGUACAUGAUGCCUUCCAAGUACCAGCCAGACUUCCCUUUCCUGCGUCACGUGCCUCUGAGGAGGGUCCACCUCUUCACCCUGGUCCAGAUCAUCUGCCUGGCUGUCCUCUGGGUGCUCAAGUCCACCGUCCUGGCCAUCCUCUUCCCUGUCAUGAUCCUGGGGUUGCUGGUGGUGCGUAAGAUGCUGGACAUGGUGUUCUCUCAACACGACCUGGCCUGGAUAGAUGAUAUCCUGCCUGGGAAAGACAAGAAAAAGGAGAAGAAGAAGAAGAAGGGUGAUAAAGAUGACACAAAGAAAAAAGACAAGAAGAAAGGGAGAUCAGACGACAGCGAAGACGAGGAGAAGUACCACGCGUACUCCAACUGCUCGCCCAGCUCUGAGUCUGACGUGGACCGCAGCAUCACCCUGCAUCUGAAGAUCUCCUGCCCCUCGUCCCCGGCGGUGCCUAUGGCCCACGGCCGUGGCAUGGCCUUCCCCGUGCCCCAGGUGAAGAUCGAGAUGGAGUCGGACUACGACACAGACACUGACCACCCCCGCCACAGGGACAUGAGCAGCGAAACAACGCUGUAGGCACUGACUACUGUGUGACAGAGCAGUGGCAUACGUGGGUCGAACGCAGACGCUCUACAGUACAUAGCUUUAGAGCGCUGACCCACUCACACACUAAGACUCUUCUAGAAUGCCUGCAGAGGACAGUGCAAGGUGUCAUGGACUAACAGCUGACAGCAUAUGACACCUAAUGUAAAGAAAUUAGAUGCUGGGAAUACAUGUACAUGGAAUAACUUAGCGUGAAUGUACAGUACAUUUAUACUUGAUCUGAUUCCUCAUAUAGCUGUCCAUUUUGAUGUGUCCAAAGUCCAAGCAACAGCUUCUGCUUUUAACCUAGGAGGCUCUUUGCUGUUGUAAACUGUCAUGGAUAUCUCUGUUGAGAACAUGUUGACUGUAUAAUCUUCAGGACACGCGUAGCUUUAGAAACAACGUAGAGGGAUAUAGGAGAAAAGCGGAGUGAAGGAUCUCCUCUGUAUGUGCUGUAUAUAAGAAUAUAUUUUAUGUCAAGAUAUUUAUAUUUAUAUAAAUAUAUACCGUACCAGUCAAAAGUUUGAACACACCUACUCAUUCAAGGGUUUUUCUUUAUUUGGACUAUUUUCUACAUUGUAGAAUAAUACUAAAGACAUCAAAACUAUGAAAUAACACAUGUGAAAUCAUGUAGUACCCAAAAAUGUGUUAAACAAAUCUAAUUUUAUUUUAUAUUAUUCAAAGUAGCCACCCUUUGCCUUGAUUACAUCUUUGCAUACUCUUGGCAUUCUCUCAACCAGCUUCAUGAGGUAGUCACCUGGAAUGCAUUUCAAUUAACAGGUGCGCAUUGUUAAAUGUUAAUUAGUGAAAUUUAAUUCCUUCUUAAUGUGUUUGAGCCAAUCAGUUGUGUUGUGACAAGGUAGGGGUGGUAUACAGAAAAUAGCCCUGUUUGAUAAAACAGCUCAAACAAGCAAGGAAAAAUGAUAGUCCAUCAUUACUUUAAGACAUGAAGGUCAGUAAGUCCUAAAAAUGUCAAGAAAUGUUAAAGAUCUUCAAGUGCAGUCGCAAAAACCAUCUAGCGCUAUGGUGAAACUGGCUCUCAUGAGAACCGCCACAGGAAAGGAAGACCCAGAGUUACCUCUGCUGCGUAGGAUAAGUUCAUUAGAGUUACCUGCACCUCUGAUUGCAGUCCAAAUAAAUGCUUCACAGAGCUCAAGUAACAGACACAUCUCAACAUCAACUGUUCAGAGGAGACUGCGUUAAAUCAGGCCUUCAUGGUCGAAUUGUUGCAUAGAAACCACUAUUAAAGGACACCAAUAAGAAGAAGAGACUUGAUUGGGCCAAGAAACACAAUCAAUGAACUUUAGACCGGUGGAAAUCUGUCCUUUGGUCUGAUGAGUCCAAAUUUGUGUCUUUGUGAGACGCAGAGUAGGUGAACAGAUGAUCUCUGCAUGUGUGGUUCCCACCGUGAAGCAUGGAGGAGGAGAUGUGAUGAUGUGGGGUGCUUUGCUGGUGACACUGUCUGUGAUGUAUUUAGAAUUCAAGGCAGACUUAACCAGCAUGGCUACCACAGCAUUCUGCAGCGAUACGCCAUCCCAUCUGGUUUGUGCUUAGUGGGACUAUCAUUUGUUUUUCAACAGAACAAUCAAUGUUUAACACUUUUUUGGUUACUGCAUGAUUCCAUAUGUAUUUUUUCAUAGUUUUGAUGUCUUCACUAUUAUUCUACAAUGUAUAAAAUGAGUAUGUGUUUCCAAACUUUGACUGGUACUGUAUAUAUAGUAUUUUCCUCACAGUUUGUUCAUACAGAAAGUUACACUGAGUGUACAAAACAUUAGGAACACUUUCCUGAUAUUGAGUUGCACCCCCUUUUGUCCUCAGAAUAGCCUCAAUACGUCAGGGCAUGGACUCAAUGUUCCCCCAAAUUGUUUGGGGCACUGAGUAAAUUUCAGGUCUGCUGAGCGCAAAGUUGAAUGUUGUGAAAAUUCUGUGCAACUUCCAGCGUGCAUUUACUAUGACCAUUGAAGUUGUACCUGCUUUAACUUACAGUUGCAGACAUUGGUCAAGUAGGCUCCUGUGGCUAUUUGAUCAUAAUUUAGGCCUACCAGUGUCCUACCAUCAAAAACAAUGGAUAAAAUGCAUCCCAUAACAUUUUAACAUGGAAAUAGCUGUUCUAUCAUUCAGCUUACAGUAGCAACCAAUGUGUGGUGUUCAAUGUAGGCCAACAUUCCAUGACUUUUGAAAAAACAUGCAGGGCUUGACAUUAACCUCUUUAUCGACUUGUCCUUCAGACAAGGAGGUGACUGAAAAUGUUGUUGUGUUGUUUGAUGCAAGAAACCACUAUGCUACCCUAUGCCUAUUGGCUACUUAGCUUAUUCAAGCCUGUCUCAAAAUAGGACAUUGGCCCUUUAAGACAAAAAAAAAGUCCUUCACCUGACUCGCUUUUGAAAGAUGUCUGGAAAUGUACACAUGUUGUGCUCUUGUUGGAAGCAAUCACUCCCCCAUUGCUGACUACAAAUUAGCUUUAACUGGGCUUAUAGCUCACUAACUAGCAAAGGAUAUAGCAAAGAAUAUGAACAAAUGUGCCCAGGUUGCUAUAUGCAACUCUGGCUUUAAACUCAAAACAAGCGCAUCUACUCACUACCACUCAUGCUGUAAACACAGUCCUGUGUUUGUGUAGAGUACGGGCUGAGUGGUGAGAGUCAAUUUAAUAGAAAGCCUACAACAAAAUCUCUUGCAUACUUAGCUUUGCAUACUUGCAUAGUUCUUGCAUAGUUUGUUUUGUUUUCAGUAUGCUGCAUUGAAAGUGACUAAUAUUGGGUGGAUUCGAUCACAAUUCCCACAGUAAAGGGAAACUUGGAUAAUGUUAACUAAGGGGGAAAACUCUAGAAAGUUGAGUGAAGAUCAAUCUCCUGCUUCUCUGCAUGGGCCAAUAUUUCUUCUGCACACACGCGCAGCUUAGAGGGAACAUUGUCUACAAGAUGUCGAAAGCGUUCCACAGGGAUGCUGGCCCAUGUUGACUCCAAUGCUUCCCACAGUUGUGUCAUGUUGGCUGGAUGUCCUUUUGGUGGUGGACCAUUCUUGAUACACACUGGAAACUGUUGAGCAUGAAAAAAACUGCAUGGUUACAGUUCUUGAUACAAACCGGUGCACCUGGUACCUACUACUAUACUUCGUUCAAAGGCACUUAAUACAUAUUUUCUGUUGCCCAUUUACCCUCUGAAUUGCACAUACACACAAUCCAUGUCUCAAGGCUUAAAAAUGGUUCUUUAACCUGUCUCCCCCCCUUCAUCUACACUGGUUGAAGUGGAUUUAACAAGUGACAUCAAUAAGGGAUCAUAGCUUUCACCUGGAUUCACCUGGUCAGUCUGUCUUGGAAAGAGCAGGUGUUCCUAAUGUUUUAUACACACAGUGUAUAGUAAGUAUAAAGUAUAAGGUCCAGGAUAACUUUAAGUGCAAUCCAGAAUUUCAAUGUACUGUAGGUGAUUGUAAAACAUGGCCUGCCUUUUCAUGUGACAAAUGAGUUUUUGAAUAUCCUUCUUUUGCAAAAGAAAAUAAGUGUUUUGGUGUGUGUGUGUGUAUGUGUGUUGAGAGGUUAUAUGGUGCAUCUCUUCUUCUAGAAAACUAGCUUUCCUAUUCCCUGUUCCCUCUUGUGUUUUCAAGCUAUUGGAAAAAAGAAACAACCAAAAAAAAUGGAAUAGCCCACUGGACUGAAUAUUGAUUUUAGUGCUGAAAAGGAUUGAUUUGAUAAUAACAUGGUUGAAUACAGUGUUUUGCAAUCACGUUAUUAUUCCCUACUGUGUGUAAAUGACUGUGUGCAAUUACUGUGCAGACAC